AUGGCUCGAACACACAGUUAUCCAUCUAUGGAUGAACCAGAGAAUAUGACGGCUAUGUACAAUCCCAAGCUAUUUGAAGGAGAUAUUGUCUAUACGGCGGGAACAUUCAGUGCUUUGAGAUCAUAUAAUCCCGGUAUACGCUUUAAUACCGUUCCCGGUGUUCAAAGAAACGCCGUGAAACAGGCAUACCUGAAAUGGACUGAAGGACGAAUUCCAUACACAAUUAGUUCACAAUACUCAUCAUUCAGUCGUGCGAAAAUAGCUGAAGCAUUAGAUGAAUACAAAAAGAAGACUUGCAUACAGUUUUCACCUAAAAGUGCCGCUGAUCAAGAUUACAUUCACAUAGUACCUGAUGAUGGAUGUUACUCAUUAGUUGGACGUGUCGGUGGUAAACAGCCAGUAAGUCUUGGAGAUGGUUGUAUUCAAAAAGGAAUUAUCAUUCAUGAGCUUAUGCAUGCUGUUGGCUUCUUUCAUGAACAAAGUAGAGCUGAUAGAGAUGAAUACAUUGUUAUUAAUUGGAAUAACGUUGAACCAGGACUUCAAGAUCAAUUUGAUAAGUACUCAUUAAGUAUGAUUGAUCAUUUAGGAACAAAAUAUGAUUAUGAAUCUGUUAUGCACUAUGCACCAACGGCAUUUAGUAAAAAUGGUAAGCCAACAAUUGAACCAAAACAAGCUAAUGUUGAAAUUGGGCAACGAAUGGGAUUCAGCGCUAACGAUUUGUAUAAGAUUAACAAGCUUUAUAAUUGUUCAAAUUUAGAAGAAGUAGAAACCGUUACUACUUUAUCAAAAGCAGCUAAAAAGCCAUUAACUGCUGGCAAAACUGGUACUGGUUCUUCAAUAAAGAAAGAAAUUGAAGAAAAUUCUGGAAAACCUGUUGAAGAAGAUUGUGUUGAUAGACGAAGAGACUGCGAAUUUCUCGCACGCGCAGGUCAUUGUGAUUCCAAGUUCAGCAAGAAGUUCAUGGCUGAAAACUGCUCCAAGAGUUGUGAUAAGUGUCCAACCGAAAAAGUUGUGAAGGAAACAGAUAAGAGUGAAAGUACUAAAUGUGAAGAUGCCAGAACAUGGUGUGAGAAAUGGGCUAACAGCGGCAUGUGCACACAAGCCUUAUUCAAACCAUACAUGUCAAAGAAGUGUGCAAAAAGUUGUCAACUCUGUUAA